AUGUACUAUGACAUGUAUGAGGGCUUAACCUGCGCUCGACCUGAGCCGGGCCAGUUCAUCAAACCUCUUCUCAGAAACAUCAUCGGAUGCAUUCUACACAACCAACAUCUUGCACCAGAAGAGCCGGUUUUCCUCGGUAACAACUGCGACACCUGGAAAGAUGAUUUGUCUGCCUUUUUCGACGAUGGCCUUCCCCAGAUUGUUCAUUGCUGUCCUUGUCUCUUUCAACUCCCAUUUCCGCACCCAUUCUUGAACAAAAAAAACGUCCGGUUAGAAGUGCUAACCCAAGGCAUCAACGAAAUGAUACCUGAUCGUCGGGGCGGUGGCUGGGCAGCCCUACAACAGAUGAUGUGCCGAAACUCAUCACGGGUACCCCACAACUCAGGCGACUUCCAAGGAACAGUCAAAGCGGGAGUUAAACGAUUGCAGCAAGCACUCCGCGACUGCGUCACUCACAUCAAGCCCAACGAUGGCCAGUGUCCACUUCCUUCUAUUAAUGACACACAGGAAGAACAAGAAAGGCAAGGCCUUGGCGCAGCAACGGUUUGGCUUUACGAUCAAGUGACAACUGUCGGUGUACCCGUGGACCUGUCCGCUUGCCCACGCCGUUCUUCGGAAGGCUUGAACUUCAUCUACAAGAGAGCCUGGGAAAUGCUUUUAGCUGUAGCCCUUAUAUACUACGGAGCUGACACUGCAGAACGCCAGAAAGACGGCCAGAAGGGCAGACCGGGUGAAGAUGGACGUAUCCAGGGACCGCCUGAAUUGCGACGAGCCAUCAUUAAUGGCAAGGGGACGCCAAAGGCUAAGGCGGACGCUUGGCACGAAGCGAGGCUGAAAUCGUACUCAUCACUAGCCCUGUUCCUCACCUUUGGAGUAGCAGGUUGGUUCCACUGCCAGACUGACAGACGAAAAUUCAACAUCCGUGACGUGUUUUCGCUUUACACUCUGGCCAACGAGAUGGCCCACGCCAAAGUGUCUAUUAACUCAAUCCUGUACCAUGGCUCCUCAACGAAAUCUGCCCCGUCUCGGAUUCCUUCACCAUGGCAGCUUCUGAACAACCACCUCAUCCGUCUUCUCACGGAAGCCAAUGUAGGGCAGCCUCAGCUUGAUUGGUACGACGCGGUUAUUAUCUGGGAGGAGGGGCUUACACUCGACCGACUGGCCCCGCUCAUGAUGAAAGACUUUCUAUCUGAGGUCCUUGUUGGGGGCCCUUCACUCUCUACUACAGCUACAGAUGUUCCAGAUGUAGAAGGAUACAGAGGGUUGGAAGAUGAAUGGACUCUCCGAGCAAAGAGGAUGCUGUUGGGAGCCGAAGACCAUCAGCUAAUGCUUUUGCAGAGGCUAGAGGCAAAUGGAGUGAUCACAACAGAGUCAGGUGAGGAAGAAGCUCCGGAUGGUGAGGAAGAAGCUCCGGAUGGUGAGGGGGACAUCUCAUGA